AUUUGUUUCGGUGUACUUUUGGCGUUUAGUAGCUUUAAGCGUCUGGCCACACUGAGUGCCUUGUUUUUGUCCAAUUUCUCCGUCAUGUCCUCCAGCGCUAAUCCUUUCGCUCAAUUCGAGGAAUCGUUUACCAAAGACGGCAAUGUCUACAAAUACUUCGACCUGCCCUCCAUUGACAGCAAAUAUGAUUCCCUGCCGUUUUCUAUUCGCGUACUGCUGGAAUCCGCGGUGCGCAAUUGCGACAACUUCCAUGUGCUAGAGAAAGAUGUGCAGAGCAUUUUGGGAUGGACCCCUGGACUGAAACAAGGAGCCAAUGACGUGGAGGUGUCUUUCAAGCCGGCGCGUGUUAUUCUGCAGGACUUCACUGGUGUUCCCGCCGUGGUGGACUUCGCCGCCAUGCGAGAUGCUGUCCGACAGCUGGGCGGCAACCCCGAGAAAAUCAAUCCCAUCUGUCCCGCCGACCUGGUCAUCGACCAUUCCGUGCAGGUUGACUUUGCACGCACCUCGGACGCCCUAUCCAAGAACCAGUCCCUGGAGUUUGAGCGCAACAAGGAGCGCUUUACAUUCCUCAAGUGGGGGGCCAAAGCCUUCGACAAUAUGCUGAUUGUGCCGCCUGGGUCCGGCAUAGUGCAUCAGGUUAACCUGGAAUACUUGGCGCGUGUAGUUUUCGAAAGCAAUGAGGCCGAUGGCUCGAAGAUCCUAUACCCGGACAGCGUUGUUGGCACUGACUCCCACACCACAAUGAUCAAUGGCUUGGGAGUCUUGGGCUGGGGCGUGGGAGGCAUUGAAGCAGAAGCUGUGAUGCUGGGUCAGUCCAUCUCCAUGCUCCUGCCUGAGGUUAUUGGCUACAAGCUGGAAGGAAAGUUGGGCCCGUUGGCCACCUCCACCGAUCUAGUUCUGACCAUCACAAAGCACUUGCGGCAGCUGGGCGAAGUUGGCAAGUUCGUCGAGUUCUACGGACCCGGAGUGGCGGAGCUAAGUAUAGCAGAUCGUGCCACCAUAAGCAACAUGUGUCCGGAGUACGGAGCCACCGUCGGCUAUUUCCCGAUUGAUGAGAACACCCUUAGCUACAUGCAUCAGACAAAUCGGUCGGAGAAGAAAAUCGACGUCAUUCGGGAGUAUCUUAAGGCCACAAAACAACUUCGGGACUAUUCUCUUGAAGCUCAGGAUCCCGUAUACACUGAGUCUGCCACCCUGGAUCUGUCGACGGUGGUUACUUCCGUUUCUGGACCCAAGCGCCCGCAUGACCGCGUCUCCGUCUCUGGCAUGCUGGAAGAUUUCAAGUCCUGCCUGAUCAGUCCCGUGGGAUUCAAGGGAUUCGCAGUGUCACCGGACGCUCUCAAAGCCAGCGGGGAGUUCCAGUGGGACGAUGGGAAGAGCUACAAGAUCGGGCAUGGGUCUGUGGUGAUUGCUGCAAUUACAUCCUGCACCAACACCUCCAAUCCCUCGGUGAUGUUGGGGGCCGGUUUACUGGCCAAGAAAGCCGUCGAGAAGGGCCUGAAUAUUCUGCCCUAUAUUAAGACGUCGCUCUCGCCAGGCUCGGGAGUGGUGACCUAUUAUCUGAGGGAGUCGGGAGUGAUUCCCUACCUAGAGAAGCUGGGCUUCGAUAUCGUCGGCUACGGAUGCAUGACUUGUAUCGGAAACUCUGGUCCUCUGGAUGAGAAUGUUGUGAACACCAUCGAGAAGAACGGAUUGGUUUGCUGUGGUGUCCUUUCGGGUAACCGGAAUUUCGAGGGACGCAUCCACCCCAAUACGAGAGCCAACUACCUUGCUAGCCCGCUCCUGGUGAUCGCCUAUGCCAUCGCCGGCCGAGUGGACAUCGAUUUUGAAACAGAGCCGCUGGGAGUGGACUCAAAUGGUGGAAAUGUGUUUCUCCGCGACAUCUGGCCUACCCGAUCUGAGAUUCAGGAGGUGGAGCACAAGCAUGUUAUUCCAGCCAUGUUCCAGGAAGUUUACAGCAAAAUCCAACUGGGAUCACAGGACUGGCAGACGCUGCAGGUUUCAGAGGGAAAGUUGUAUCCCUGGAGCGAGGCAUCCACGUACAUCAAACGGCCUCCCUUCUUCCAGGACAUGACUCGUGAACUGCCCAAACUGAGCGGUAUUGCGAAUGCACGCUGCCUUCUCAUGCUGGGCGACUCGGUGACCACCGAUCACAUCUCUCCAGCAGGAUCCAUUGCCAGGAGAUCUCCUGCAGCGCGCUACUUGGCGGAGCGUGGGCUCACGCCGCGGGACUUCAAUUCCUACGGAUCAAGGCGGGGCAACGAUGCGGUUAUGGCGCGAGGAACCUUCGCAAACAUUCGACUCGUCAACAAGCUGGCCUCCAGAACAGGACCCAUCACUAUACACGUGCCCAGUGGCGAGGAGUUGGACAUUUUCGAUGCGGCGGAGAAGUACCGAAGCGAGGGAACUCCUCUGGUCCUGGUUGUGGGCAAGGACUAUGGAAGUGGCAGCUCCAGAGACUGGGCCGCCAAGGGACCGUUCCUGCUGGGCAUCAAGGCCGUGAUUGCGGAGUCCUACGAGCGCAUUCACCGCUCCAACCUGGUGGGCAUGGGCAUUAUCCCUCUGCAGUUCCUGCCAGGACAGAGCGCCGAAACCCUGAAGCUGAGUGGCCGCGAGACUUACAAUAUCGACCUUCCCAGUGGCUUAAAGCCCGGCCAGCGCAUUCAGGUAGAGGCCGAUGGCAAUAUUUUCGACACCACGCUGCGCUUCGACACUGAGGUGGACAUUACCUACUUUAAAAACGGUGGAAUUCUUAACUAUAUGAUCCGCAAGAUGCUGGAUUAAUUAACGCAUUUUUAAGAAAUAUUAUUCCAUUUGCAUUUCAAUGUUAUUUUUUAUUUCUGAAUAAGAAAUUAUAUUUGAGUUUUUGUUUGGGAA